GGUCAUUUAGUGAAAACAAUAUCACUUCUCCAAUCAGUUAAUCAGUAGCAAUAAUUUCAGUUUCGCAGUGAUGGUCAGUACCAAUGAAUAAUGAGGAGGAAUUCAAGUUAGUUAAAUAUAAAAACCAUCGGCAAAGUAAACCUCAAUUCAAAAUAAAGACCAAACGGGAAGUAAUUGAAACUGAGUCUGUAGAUGAAAUUAUCAACAGGAUAAACACAACCACUCAGCAUUUUAAAGAGUCACCUUUUUAUCAAACUUUGCUUAGUGCAUUAAAUAAAGCAUUAGCUACUUUGAAUUUGAAUGGUGUUGCUGAAAUCAUUUGCUAUGGUCUUGGCAAUUUUUCAGAGCACCUGAGUUCAAAGUAUCAACUUGCCGCAUUGUUGUGUAUUAAAUUGGUGUAUUCUUCUAAAGUAUUGAUCUAUGAUCCACUUUUUACAAAACAUGAAAUUGAGUGUCUUGAGAAAUUAGACCUACAUGUUUUAAAAAUCAAUGAUGAAGGAAAAAGAUGCAUAAACAAUUACUCGACACUUGUUUUCAUGCCACAUUGUAACAGUUGGUCAGAACUUGAAUGCCAAACCACUGAUGCUUUGUUUCAGCUAACUGUACCUUGCAUAUACAUGUUAAAGCCAUAUGUGAGGGAAAUACAUCUAAAGAAUAAUUUUCAUUACCCAAACGCUUUCAGUGGAACUUCAUUGCAUAUUUUUACACAAGAAAAGCUGAACACCGUUGUUGAACACUUUUGGAAAUCAAAGCCAAAACUAGUAAAUUUUAACAAAGAUUCUGAUUUCAUAACAGCUAACGAGUCUGAUAAAAACGCGGGGUAA